AUGGGAGAGAGAGGACCAGAUCAAUGGCUUGAACAAAUAAAAAAAUGUGUAGCAUUAUCAGAAUCAGAUAUGAAACAAUUAUGUGAAUUAGUUAAAGAAUUAUUAAUGGAAGAAUCAAAUAUACAACCAGUACAAUCACCAGUAACAGUAUGUGGAGAUAUUCAUGGACAAUUUCAUGAUUUAUUAGAAUUAUUUAGAAUAUCUGGUGGAUUACCUAGUGAUGAUAAUCAAACAAAUUAUAUAUUUUUAGGAGAUUAUGUUGAUAGAGGUUAUUUUUCAUUAGAAACUUUUACAUUAUUAAUGGUAUUAAAAGUAAAAUAUCCUCAUAGAAUAACAUUAGUAAGAGGGAAUCAUGAAUCAAGACAAAUUACUCAAGUUUAUGGAUUUUAUGAAGAAUGUUUAACGAAAUAUGGUUCAACAACAGUAUGGAAAUAUUGUUGUCAAGUAUUUGAUUUUUUAACAUUAGCUGCAAUAAUAGAUGGGAAAAUUUUAUGUGUUCAUGGUGGAUUAUCUCCUGAAAUUAGAAUGUUAGAUCAAAUUAGAGUAUUAUCAAGAGCUCAAGAAGUUCCUCAUGAAGGUGGUUUUUGUGAUUUAGUUUGGUCUGAUCCUGAUAAUGUAGAUACUUGGGCAGUAUCUCCAAGAGGUGCUGGUUGGUUAUUUGGUUCAAAAGUUUCAAGAGAAUUUAAUCAUAUAAAUAAUUUACAAUUAAUUGCAAGAGCUCAUCAAUUAGUAAUGGAAGGGUUUAGAUAUCAUUUUAAAGAAAAAGAUGUUGUUACAGUAUGGUCAGCACCAAAUUAUUGUUAUAGAUGUGGUAAUGUUGCAAGUGUAAUGCAAGUUGAUGAAGAUUUAGAACCUAAUUUUAAAAUUUUUAGUGCUGUUCAAGAUGGAGAUUUAACUGUUAAAAAUAAUAAUACAAAACAAAAUAGAAGUGAUUAUUUUUUAUGA